AUGAAGAUUUUUUCCCGCUACCAGACAUUUAGAUUCAUCUGGCUCGCUAAGCCACCUGGCCGUCACUUUCACAGAGAUCGCCAGCUUUGGACACCUCUGACUCUUGCUGACUUUGAGGCCAUAAAUCGCUAUGACAGGCCAUUGCCUAAGAACUUUAACUUUGCUGGGGAUGUGCUGGACGAGUGGUCCCAAAAGGAGAAGACAGGGGAGACAUCGGGCAACCCAGCCCUGUGGUGGGUGAACGGCAAAGGGGAUGAGGUGAAAUGGAGCUUCAGAGAACUGGGCUCUUUGUCCCGAAAGGCAGCCAAUGUACUUACCAAGCCCUGUGGCCUGGAGAGAGGAGACCGGGUGGCCGUGAUUCUGCCCCGAAUCCCUGAGUGGUGGCUGGUAAACGUGGCUUGCAUGCGAACAGGGCUUGUCUUCAUGCCAGGAACAAUCCAGUUGACAGCAAAAGACAUCCUCUACAGGCUGCGAGCAUCCAAGGCCAAAUGCAUUGUGGCCAGUGAGGAGGUGGCCGUGGCAGUGGAGUCCAUUGUCUCGGAGUGUCCCCACCUGAAGACCAAACUCCUGGUGUCUCCAUGUGGACGGAAUGGGUGGCUCAGCUUCCAGGAAUUAUUUCAAUACUGGUUGGACUUGAAGUCCUCAGAUAUCAUAUGGAACAUGUCUGACACAGGCUGGAUCAAAGCUGCCAUUGGCAGCACGUUUUCUUCCUGGCUUCGGGGAGCCUGUGUUUUUGUGCAUCGCAUGGCCCAAUUCGACACAGACACCUUCCUAGAUACGCUUACUACUUAUCCCAUCACGACCCUGUGCAGCGCUCCCACUGUAUACCGGAUGCUUGUGCAAAAAGACCUUAAGAGAUAUAAAUUCAAGAAGCUGCGCCACUGCUUGACAGGAGGGGAGCCGCUCAACCCAGAAGUGCUGGAACAGUGGAAGGCGCAAACUGGGCUGGAGCUGUAUGAGGGCUACGGACAGACAGAAGUGGGAAUAAUUUGUGCCAAUCAAAAAGGACAAGAAAUUAAACCAGGCUCGAUGGGGAAAGGAGUUGUACCCUAUGAUGUCCAGAUUAUAGAUGAAAAUGGCAAUAUUCUACCACCUGGCAAAGAAGGGGAAAUUGCCCUCAGACUGAAAUCUACACGGCCCUUCUCUUUCUUCUCUGAAUAUGUGGACAAUCCAGAGAAAACUGCUGCCACGUUAAGAGGAGAUUUUUAUGUCACUGGAGACAGAGGAGUGAUGGACAGUGAUGGGUAUUUCUGGUUUGUCGGCAGAGCUGAUGAUGUCAUUAUAUCCUCUGGGUACCGCAUUGGGCCAUUUGACGUGGAGAGUGCACUCAUUGAGCACCCAGCAGUUGUUGAAUCAGCUGUUGUCAGUAGUCCAGAUCCAAUCCGAGGAGAGGUAGUCAAAGCUUUUGUUGUCUUAUCUGCACCCUUUAAAUCCUCCAACCCAGAGAAAUUAACUGUUGAGCUUCAGGAUCAUGUGAAAAAAUCAACUGCACCUUACAAAUAUCCAAGAAAGGUGGAAUUUGUUCAAGAACUCCCAAAGACCACCACCGGGAAAAUCAAACGCAAUGUUUUAAGAGACCAAGAAUGGGGACGAACAUAG